AUGAUAGCGGCAGCGGCACUGAUACUAGUGGCAUUGCCGCUCUCCGCCGCUGGAGCAGCAGCUCCGGCGAUGGGGAUGGCCAACUGCGACACCAAGUGUGGCGAUAUAAUUGUGCCGUACCCAUUCGGCAUGGGUCCGGCCAGGUGCUACCACUCAACGCCGGGGUUCAACCUCACCUGCGUCGGCAACACUAGUACCCACCCGCGGCUGCUGAUCGGCAACACCGACGGCGGCACCCUCCAAGUCAAAUCCUUCAGCCUUUUUGAAUCCUCGGUGCUCGUCAUGCGCACCCCUGGCGACAUAAGAGUCGACGCGGACAGCAGCAGCAGCGGCUCCUUGUUUGGAGCAGGCCUCGGGCCCUACAUUAUGCUCUCACCGGGCUCUUCAGGCGGCGGGAACGAGCUCAUCCUGCUGGGAUGCAAUGUGCGAGCGACGCUCAAGCACGGCAACAUCACCAUGAGCGCCUGCUCCUCCUUGUGCGAUGAAGACAGUGACCCGGCGCCGCUGCCCCUCGUGUUCUCCAGGCUCGAGAGCAGCAUGCUGUGCACAGGCAUAGGCUGCUGCCAGGCGCCCAUAAUCAACCAUGCGCCGCCGGCGCCGGGGAAGAAGCCUGCAGCUGCAGUUACGUACCACGUGGAGCUCCAGUGGUUCGGCCGGAACCGCAGUGCCGACGAGGAGCGGAUGCCAGCACAAGUGUUUGUCGCCGACGACGGCUGGUUCGAGCAAAAACACGACUCGAACACGCUGUUGUUGCAGCCAGAAGAUGUCGCAGGGGGAGUCCCCGUUUGGCUAAACUGGGUCUGGGAGGAGGUCGCUGCAGAUGAUCCUUCUUCUCGUAGCAUCAACUCGUCCCACAGCCUGUGCGGUACUGAUCCAGGUACACCUGGAGGCGGCUACACGUGCCGCUGCGAACAAGGCUAUGACGGCAAUCCCUACAUCACCAACGGAUGCCAAGAUAUCAAUGAGUGCGAGAACUACGGAUGCCUUGGUGAUGGUGUAUGCACCAACACGGAUGGAGCGUUUGACUGUGGUUGCCCUCCAGGAACCCAUGGCAACCACACCCUACCCGGUGGAUGUGUUCCUUUUGUCUGGGCGGUCACAGAUACGUGCAACAAGUCUUGUGGAGACGUGGACGUGCCGUACCCGUUCGGCAUGGGGCCGUCCCACUGCUACCGGCCAGGCUUCAACCUAACCUGCGACUACCCAAGCAGCGGCAAGCCACCGCGGCUGCUGCUCGAUGGUGAUGGCAUCUUCCAGUUCCAAGUAGUCCACAUCUCCCUUGAGAAUACCACGGUGCGUGUGGUCAGUGCCCUUGCCAUUGAAGCCGACAGCCCAAACUCUUUUAGCUUCACCUUCGACAAUUACUUCACGGAACGUGGGGACGCUCUCUACUCGCUGUCCACUCGCAACGAGCUCAUCCUUAUGGGAUGCAACGCCCAGGCGCGGCUGCUUGGGCGCGGCCAAGACCCGGCCAUCGUCAGUGGCUGCACCACCUUCUGCCCCGAUGAUGAUGCCGACAGCGGGAAGACCGAUGACAACAACUGCUAUGGCACAGGCUGCUGCCAGGCGCGAAUCUCCAUGUCCGCGGACGGCAUGCCCGAUGAGCUGCACCUCCAAUUCGCCGACCUGAACAAUGUCAACUACAGCAGGACGCUGCCACCCUACGCGUUGAUCGCGGAGGAGGGGUGGUUCAACAAGCGCCUUGUCAGAGACCAGCGGCUGCAGGUGCUUCGGCGCCAGUCCAUAAUUGUACCCAAGAUUCCUAUUGUUUUAGAGUGGGAGUUGCACUCGCAAGCAGCAGCACACUUGCCCAAAGCUGAUGCCAAGUCGCAAUUGGUAUGCCCCGCGGAGGUAGCUGCUGACAUCUGCAAGAGCAAGCACAGCCAGUGCAAGCCGGGGAAUAGAGGUUAUUCUUGCCAGUGCCACGAGCCCUACCACGGCAACCCCUACGUCCACAACGGAUGCAAAGGUGGCCUCAUGUCAUAUAAAGGUAUACGCAUCGCCGUCAUAGGAAUUGCCUUUGGGGCAGGCCUUGUACUUUUGGUUCUCACUUCAUUCUUUGCUUCCAAGAAAUUAAGACAUCAUAGGGAACAAAUGUUAAGACAGAAGUUCUUCAAGCAAAAUCGUGGACAAUUGUUGCAACAGCUGGUUUCUCAAAGAGCUGAUAUUGCAGAAAGAAUGAUCAUAACUUUGGAAGAGCUAAAGAAGGCAACACACGAUUUUGAUAAAGAUCUUGAGGUUGGUGGUGGGGGCCACGGUACAGUUUUCAAAGGGAUUCUAUCGAACCAGCAUAUUGUAGCCAUCAAGAAACCAAAGAUGGGUAUUAAGAAGGAGAUUGAUGAGUUUAUAAAUGAGGUUGCUAUCCUAUCACAAAUCAACCAUAGAAAUGUAGUAAAACUCUAUGGUUGCUGCCUUGAAACUGAAGUCCCAGUGCUGGUCUAUGAGUUCAUAUCGAAUGGAACCCUCUAUGAGCAUCUCCACGUGGAAAGACCAAGAUCAUUGUCAUGGGAUGAUAGGCUGCGGAUAGCCAUUGAAACAGCCAAAUCUCUUGCCUAUCUUCACUCAACUGCUUCAGUACCUAUCAUCCACAGAGAUGUCAAGUCUGCUAACAUACUUUUGGAUGACACUCUGACAGCAAAGGUAGCAGAUUUUGGAGCUUCAAGGUACAUUCCAAUGGAUAAAUCUGAGAUAACAACAAUGGCUCAGGGUACAAGAGGAUAUUGGGACCCUAUGUACUUCUACACAGGGCGGCUUACUGAGAAAAGUGAUGUUUACAGCUUUGGGGUCGUCCUUGUGGAAUUGCUCACGAGGAAGAAACCAUCGUCAUAUUUGUCCUCGGAAGGUGAGGGUCUUGUUGUACAUUUUGUUACCUUGUUUACAGAAAGAAAUCUGAUCCAGAUAUUAGAUCCACAAGUUAUGGAGGAGGGGGGCAGAGAAGUGGAAGAAGUAGCUGCAAUUGCAGUAGCUUGCACAAAGUUAAGAGGAGAGGAUCGUCCGACCAUGAGACAAGUGGAGUUGACAUUGGAAGGCUAUCAUGGAUCGAAUGAACGUAUUUUAGACAAUGCUUUGUCCAAGAAAGUUGAGAAGAAUGAUGCUGCAAUAUAUUGUUCAUCCACUAAUGUUAGAAGAGGCGGUGAGGAAUCGACCCGGUGUUACAGUAUGGAAGAAGAAUUCAUGUUAUCUGCAAGUUAUCCUCGCUAG